AUGUUAAUAUAAAUAAUUUUGUUAAGUGUGGGAUAUGCACAAUUGUAUUAUGUAAAGGAAGUUAUUAAUUAAUUGACUGAACAAGAAUGCAGUUUAAAAAAUAGAAUUGUUUAUGGACAAUAAAAACUUCAUCAUUUAUCAGGAAUAUAUUUUUGUGAUUCAUAUGCAAAAAGAACAUGUUGUAGCUAAUAAAAUCUAGAAGAAUUGAAAUUUAAGUAUUCUUAAUUAUAAUAUGUUAUAGAUGGUACAGAGAAUAGUAAUAAGCAGUUGAACUCAGCUAAUAAUGCUAAGAAAUAUUUAUCAAGACCAUUUGUUCAGAUUGUGAUGGUGAUAUUGGGUAAUAAAUUAGAGUUGGAUUUUGUCCUCAUUAUUGCAAUCAAAUGUAUUAAGCUUGUUGGAAUGAUUUAUUCUAAUAUGAUGAAAAAUCUUAGAAAUUAAGAAUUUGUUAUUAAGUAAGAUAAAUUUAAUAUUUUAGAAUGAUGUUGUAUGUUCUGAACUCAGAAAUAUUGUAAAUAAUGGAGAUUAAUUCUGUACUUCAUUAGGAUAUAAAGUGAAUACCUAUACAAAUAUAGAUGAAUGGAUUGAAAAUAAAUAUUUGAAUCUAUCAACAACUCCUUUGUGUUGGGAUAGUACUCCUUCCCAUAGAAUUUGGGGUACUGAAACUAAAUUGCCAGAAACAAAAGUGUUUACAAAGAAUAAAAAAAAAAGUGUUAAAGAAGAAUAACAAUCCUAUUUAGGACUUUACAUAUUUGCUAUAAUUGUCUUGGUAGCUGGAAUUUCAAUAGCAAUAGUAUUGUAAAAGAAAUGA